GCUCCGGGGCCGCCAUGGAGCCCGGCACGGAGCCCGCGGCGGAGCUGCAGCCCCCGGUGACCGUGAGGCGGAGACGCGGAGGUGCUACAACAUCCCGGGUAACUUACAGCAAAGAAACGGAACUGAAGACGACCCUGGUAGAGCUGCUCAUCUACAUCACCUUCCUGGUAACCCUCAGCCUCAUGACCUUCGGCAUGGUGAGCACCAACAUGUAUUACUUGAAUAAGGCGAUGGAAGACUUCUUUGUGGAACGCGCCUCCGAUAGCGGGAUUAAUUUCAGGAGUAUCGGGAGCCGCGAUGACUUCUGGAAUUACGCAGAGGGGCCGCUCUUGGAUGGACUCUACUGGAAGUCAUGGUAUGACAAAGGCACAACAAAUGACCUGAAAAACACCAGCUACAUUUUCUAUGAGAAUUUACUGCUAGGAGUAGCCCAGAUCCGCCAGCUGAAGGUGCGCAACAACACCUGCUCCAUCUACCCCUAUUUCCGGCCUUUCCUGAAGAGCUGUUACUCCCGAUACAGUUACCGAGCUGAAGACAAGUCCGACUUUGGUCCAAGCAACGAAUCUGAAUGGAAAUAUGUUUCUGCCUCCUCUUUAUCCCCGUGGUACUGGGGAUAUGUGGGCUUUUACAGAAGUGGAGGAUUUAUAGUCACCUUACCAAGAUCAAAGGAGGAGAGCAUGGAGAAGCUGACGUUUCUCAGACAAAACGGUUGGAUCACUCGUGGAACCAGGGCUGUAUUUAUCGACUUCUCGACAUUUAAUGCCAACUUAAACCUCUUCUGUAUUGUCAGGUUGGUGGUGGAGUUCCCUGCCACUGGGGGUGCUCUCACCUCCUUCCAGAUACAGUCCGUGAAGCUCCUCAGAUACAUCUCCUAUUAUGAUUACUUCUUGGCUUCUUGUGAAGUUGCCUUUUGCCUCUUCAUUAUUACAUUCAUAGCCCAGGAAGCAAUAGAAAUAAAAAAAAUGAAAAUGGAGUAUUUCAGACGUGCGUGGAACUGGCUGGAUAUGCUGUUGAUACUGGUAUCCAUCCUUGCCAUUUGCUUCAAUAUCUACCGCACUAUAGAAGUGUCCCUACUAAUGGAAGAGCUCCUUUCUGAUGCUCACGUUUAUCCAAACUUCUAUUUCCUUGCGUUCUGGCAAGUCAUUUAUGAUAAUAUGAUUGCUGUCAACGUCUUCUUUGCUUGGAUAAAGAUAUUUAAAUACGUAACAUUUAGCAAAACCAUGAGUCAAUUGUCGUCCACUUUAUCUCGCUGUGCCAGGGAUAUCAUUGGAUUUGCCAUCAUGUUCUUCAUCAUUUUCUUUGCCUACGCACAGUUCGGCCACCUCGUCUUCGGGUCACAAGUUGAUGACUUUUCUACUUUCCAAAACUGCAUUUUCUCACAGUUCCGCAUCGUGCUGGGAGAUUUUAAUUUUGAAACCCUAGAAGCAAACAGUGUCCUUGGACCUAUUUACUACAUCUCGUUCGUGUUCUUUGUGUUCUUCAUCUUGCUGAACAUGUUUUUAGCUAUUAUAAAUGACACCUACUCAGAAGUCAAAGCAGACUUUGCAGUGAUUCCCGAUCAAGAACUUCACCUUGCAGACCUCCUCAGACAGAGCUACCAUAAAGCCCUUGUCAAGCUCAGACUGAGGAAACCAGAUACAGAUGUAGGAGAUGAGACCCUGGAAUGCGAGGAAACUCCAUCCACUAAAAGAAAGGACGUUUCCAAGCCUUCCAAAGGAGACAAGGCUCAAGAAAAGAGGCAUCCGAAGUCACCGAAGUUACAUAGAGGGAAAGAGAGUUUUCAUCGCUCUGACUCAAGCGUUGCGUCUCGGAGCUCUGUCUCCCCUGCACAAUUUCAGCAGCUCAUCAGACGAACAUCUGAGUUGGAGAAGGAACUAAACAACACUAAUGCAAAAAUCAGCAGGAUUAUGAAAAGCAUGCAACAGCAGAAGAACACUUCAGGCAAGACAGCAUAAUGAAAUGGAUGAGCUCAUCUGGAAACAGAAAUGGCCUUAAUCUUCAUCCAGCUGAAACCCAAAGAAAGAAAGAACAAUUCUUCCCCUACACCUUUAAAGUUUUUAUGUGUAUUUAUAUUUGUGUAUAAAAAGUAGACCUGUUAUUAAAGGUACACCCAUGGAACCUCACAAUCUGGUCUGUGAGUUUCAGACAGUUCUUCAGCCUUGCUCUCACCAGACUUCUGAGCAGGUAUCCCUACAAGUUUCCUACUCAGCUGCCUCAUUUCGGAGCUGCUAAGAGCCACUGAUACAAGCAAGAGGCUCCAGUAACCAUGAGAGCUGGCAGCCAGCUGCUCCUUGGGCCUGCCUUGCUCAUCUCAGUCUUUAGCUGUGAGUUCCAACCUGACCUUCAGGUGCCAAGUAACAGUCCAGCAUGUGGCCCAUUGACCCUGACUCCCCAGGACCACUUUCUUUAGCCAGUACACUGCUGGCAAUGGCAAUGCUCAUCGCUCAGCAAUUCUUUCAGGCACCCAUUGCUUCCACCACCACCUCCAAGCCAACUUAAGUCUUCCAGAAAAUAACAAAGACUUAGUGCUUAAUGGCUGGAGCCGCUAGAGGGCAUUGUGCUUCUAACCUGAAUUCUUAGAAAAAAAGUCUCUUUUUAUUCCAUUUAUACCCAUUGCCUUACAGACACGGUGUUACCUUCCAGCCAGACACGAUCUACCCAUACACAGCCAUUAAUCCACUCAUAUGUAACUAUAAAUAUUUGUUCUUUGGAGAGAUUCAGCCACAGGAGGAAACAAAACAGAACAAAGCAGUUCCAAACAUCAUCUGAACAUGCCAUCACCAACACGCUAUGAAUCAUCCAUUUGUCAAGAGAAAAAGCAUCCUCCUGUCCACAAGUGUGUGCAGUGACAGUGUUUACUAGCCACAAACACAGCAGUAACUGCUUACUUUGAGGUUUACAGAUCAUAAUAGAUAGACAAUCAACUUCUGCUCAUCAGCUGUCAGUGAACUAACCAGCUUUCUCCCAAAGUGGCUCCUGCAGGAACAGGAAUUGAUCAGGACUCACAGUUUCCCCCUGCACCGUCACUUAGCAGGACCUGCAGCCCCCACUGCAACACACCACAGGUCAGACCAGGCAGGAGCCAACGUGGUCACUUCGCUGUUGUCUCUGCUGAGAGGCAACAUCUGAGGAGGCAAGAUGAGGCUUAAGCUGCUGCAGGUUCAUUAAGGGCUGUCUCAAUGGCUCUGCUGGCAGACUGUGUGACUCAGACCUGCCUGAACAACACCCUGACACUACAGACACAAACAGGAAUACUGAAGGACUCGGCACUUGUUUUUAAGAGGUGGUAGAGGGGGAAAAAAGCAUGAUGAGGAACGAAGAUAUAUGACAAUAAAGGUUAAGGUAUUUUUAUUAUAAAAGUCUAUACAAUGAGCACCAGACAUAGCAAUGCAAUUACAUCUGGUUUAGUUAUAUAUAUAUUCCAUAUCUAUAUAUCCAUAUAGAUAUAUAGGUUUUGCUUUUACCAAAGUAAAACUGUUAUAUCACAAAAUGCCUAAUUCUACCAUUUAUUUAUUGCUCAACAAGGAUGGCACAAAACACACUCGUAGCAUAACUGUUGCCAUGCUUAUCUACUAUACUGAAUAAACAGCCAAACACUGCAUAACAAACACAAAGCAGCUGUUAAUUCUGAAUUGGAAUCAGUCUGAUCACUCACUCACUUAUAAAAAUAUUGGAAUCAUAUAGAUUUAAGCAUUAUAAAGGAGGAAUAUAUUAUUUAAAACAUUUAAAUAGUGCAUAUUGACAUUCUGCAUGUGGUAUAUAAAACACAAACAUUCAUGUACAACGCUAUACAGUACACAUUAGUUUCAAUGUUUGGAUACACCCGUGUCUGCAGACUGAUAGAAAAGGAACUGAAGUGUACAUUGCACAAUGAAACUGAAUUAAAUGGAUAGACGCUCUCACAGACUACUUUAACCUCAUCGCUCCCUACGGUCCCAGACCAUCUUGCCAUUAAAAAAAGAAAGGCAUCCCACCAGUGCUCAAUAGUUUUAGUGCUUCUCUUCUGAAUUCCAA